AGCUCAGAGAGAGAGAGAGAGAGGGAGAGAGAGAGAGAGAGAGAGAGAGAGGUAGGCAGCUGGAGUCUUCUGCACAACUGUAGCCAGUCUCGGAGCCUGAGCACUGCCAAGAGGCGAAGACAGGAGCCAGUGUCGCACUUCAAUGAGAACGACACGCGCCCAAAAGAGCGAGGGAACCUUCUUUUGAGGGAUUCAAAGGAAGAUCAAAGCCGCCAUCUACGAUGCCAGAGUUGCUGAUCCAAGCGUUUAGAUCGUUCCCCAUUCAGCACCGCCUUCCUUAUUAGAUUAUUCAUCCGGGAUCAAGCCCAAGCUCGAGGAUCAAUCGGAAACAGCCAAGCGAUGAAUCCCUUCUUCUGGCUGUUUGCACUGCUUUCCCUCCUCCCUCUGGUUUCGGCCAUGAGGAGUCGGGGGAUCGCUAUCCGUGUUCAGCAGUCAGACGGACGAGUGCUGCACAGGUCCAAGCGUGACUGGAUGUGGAGGCAGUUCUUCCUGUCGGAGGAAUACACAGGAAGUAACUAUCAGUAUGUGGGCAAGCUUCGCUCGGAUAAGGAUAGAGGAGACGGCACAGCGCGCUACGUCCUCUCUGGAGAAGGAGCAGGCACCAUUUUCCGCAUCGAUGAAAAGUCAGGUGAUCUCCACGCCACUCAGAGACUCGACAGAGAAGAAAAAGCAUCCUACACCCUACAAGCACAGGCCUUCAACAAAUACACUGGCCUCCCUCUGGAACCGGCCACCGAGUUUAUCGUCAAGAUUCACGACAUCAACGACAAUGAGCCCAAGUUCACGCAGGCCGUCUACAGCGCCAGUGUCCCUGAGAUGUCUGACGUCGGUACUUUUGUGAUAGAAGUCAAUGCCACGGACGCAGAUGACGCCUCGUACGGGAACAGCGCUAAGCUCGUCUACAGCAUACUACAAGGGCAGCCGUACUUCUCGGUGGAACCAGAGACAGGAAUUGUGAGAAUAGCACUAUCCAACAUGGACCGGGAGGUACGGAAGGACUACCAGGUGGUUAUUCAGGCCAAAGACAUGGCAGGACAGAUGGGGGGUCUGUCUGGAACCACUGUGGUCAAUGUGACCCUUACAGACGUUAAUGACAGCCCGCCGCGCUUUGCCUACAGCUCCUACCAUUUGAGCACUUAUGAGUCGGCAGAAAUUGGCUCCACGGUGGGUCGGAUUAAAGCCAACGACGGGGACGAGGGACAGAACGCUGAGAUGAAGUACAGGAUUGUGGAAGGAGACGGGAAAGACUCGCUCGACAUCAUUACUGAUGAGAUAACGCAAGAAGGAAUAAUCGUUGUCAAAAAGAAACUGGAUUAUGAGAGCAGGCGUGUGUACACCAUCAAAGUGGAAGUGAGUAACACACACACAGACCCCGGCUUCCUCCAUCUGGGUCCGUUCUCAGACACGGCCAUCGUCAAAGUGACGGCAAAGGACGUGGACGAGCCACCGGUGUUCAGCCGGCCGCAUUUCAUUAUCGAGGUCAACGAGGACACGCCGAGGGGAAGCAUCAUCGGAACGGUUACAGCCUGGGAUCCUGACGCAACCGACUACCCUGUGCAGUUUGCAAUAGACGAGCACACAGAUCCCGACAGACUCUUUCACAUCGACCCCAGAAAUGGCUCCAUUACAACUCUGAAGUCUCUCGACAGAGAGGUGUCGAAGUGGCACAACAUCUCCGUGCUCGCCAGCGAAAUAAGUACGUUCACUCUCGGGAAUAGAGCUAACAUUUACAUCACGAAUCUUGAUCUUUUUUUUCACAAUCCUGCUUCUUUCACCAUCGUUUCAGAUAAUCCUCGUCAGAGAAGCCGUGUUCCCGUCUUGAUCAAGGUGCUGGAUGUGAACGAUAACGCGCCCGAGUUCGCCAUGUUUUACGAGACAUUCGUGUGUGAGAAUGUCAGAGCUGGGCAGCUAAUCCAAACCAUCAGUGCCAUAGACACGGACGAGCCUCUCGUCGGACACAAGUUCGUCUUCAGUUUAAGCGCCAGCAAUCCGAACUUUACCAUCUUUGACAACGAAGAUAACACGGCGAGGAUCCUGACCAGGCGGAGUGGCUUUAACAGGCAGGAGAUGAGCACGUACUACCUGCCCGUGGUGAUCUCGGACAGCGAUUAUCCCAUCCAGAGCAGCACGAGUACGCUGACCGUUCGCGUGUGCGGCUGUGACAGCACGGGGAACCUGCGCUCGUGCAGCGUGGACGCUCUGCUGCUCUCGGCACGGCUCAGCACCGCCGCCCUGGUGGCCAUCCUGCUGUGCAUCGUCAUCCUGCUCAUGAUUGUGGUGCUGUUCUCGGCCCUGAGGAAGCAGCGACGCAAGGAGCCUCUAAUCAUCUCCAAAGAGGACGUCAGGGACAACGUGGUGAGCUACAACGACGAGGGUGGAGGCGAAGAGGACACGCAGGCCUUCGACAUCGGAGCGCUGCGCCACCCGGAGGCCAUGGAGGAAACCAACCAGCUGAGGCGUGACAUCAUCCCGGACGUCCUGUUCCCGUACCGCACGCGCUCGCCCGCCAACGAGUGCAGCGACCUCAGAGACUUCCUCAUCAGCAGGCUGAAGGAGACGGACACCGACCCCUCUGCUCCUCCUUACGAUUCCCUGGCGACGUACGCCUACGAGGGCAACGGCUCCAUCGCCGAGUCUCUGAGCUCGCUGGAGUCAUCAGUCAACGAAGGAGAUCACGAGUACGACUUCCUCGGCACCUGGGGGCCGGAGUUUAAAAAGCUAGCCGACAUGUACAUGCCGAAAGAGCCGACAUCGACUAGCUAAAGGAUUCCACUCAGAUUUGCGUGUGUAUAUCGCGGACUACGAGUUAUCUCCCACUCCAGAUGGAUUUUCUACUGACACUCUGACACUGACUUUCACUUUUUUGCUAAAAAUCUGAUUUUUUUUGUUCACGGUCUCGUGGCAGUUUUUGUGCUGAUGAGAAGAGUGUUUAGUGAUUUUGUCGAUGCUGUUUGUUCAUUAGCAGAAAAAAAAACGAAACGAACAUUUGACCUCAACUUCAUUUGCUUGUGCGAAAGGUUUUACUCGCGUCAUUUUGCCAAACUGUGGAUAUAUCACUGAGAUCAAAUACAGCAGUGUUGUAGAAAUGCUGCAGAAACACACACAGGCUUGUUUCUGAAUGUUGUCCUGUUUUAUAUCC